UCCUGCAGGAUAUUCAGGUCUCACCUGUUUCUCAGUAGUGUUGUUCACACAGAUUUUACAAAUUCAACUGUACGGACAACGCUUCAGACACAAAUCAUGAAGAACAUAAUUUUAAUUGUCUUUGGUGUGUUUUUCACCAUUGCAAAUGCAGAAUUCCAGCUGAAGCUCCUGGGCCCUUCAGACGGAGUGGUAACCAGCGUUUUCUCAGACUCACUGAUCGUCAGCCUGCCACCGUGUUCUCUGGCGGGAAAGAAUGUCGAUCUUUGGUACAAGAACAUUGCAACUAGUAAGAACAACACACUGAAGAAUAUAUUCACAGUCCCAAAGUGUAUAUCCAAGAGGGAUCUCGUCCAAAUAAACAAAGUCCAGGGAUACCAAGUGACAAACCUCAUGACUGGGACCCAAUACAGCCUUCAAUACAUUUUGGAUACAGAUAAGAGCAUUGUCAUAACAGCCAACACAACGGCAGUCACCAGCUACAGCACGAUCAAUGAUGGGCUGCCAGGACGCAGCGCGGCCAUGAUAGUGAUCACGGUCCUGCUGUCGGUGGCCAUGUUCAUCCUGAUCGUGGCUCUGAUCGUAUCCCUGUUCUUCAGAAGCACUGCCGAUUGAGACAUAACACCAUAAAAAAAUCCAUUUCAAUCAUCUUUGAUUAUUACUUUUGGAUUUAUAAAACCACACUGAGUGGUCAAUAUGUUUAAUUACAUUUAAAACUUUUGCUCUUGUUAUUUUUUAAGAUUACUGUUUUUUUGGUACUAUCAUUCGUUCUUACAAAAAUUCACUGAGAAAGAACCGCAAUGAUCCAGGGGAAAGCACAUGUAUUUAGAACAAAGCUUUUAUGUGGAAUUAGAUCUGUGGUAAUGCAAUGCGAGCGCUCAUUCAAAAGCUGUUUAGAUGGCUUUGCAUGUUUGAAUGCCAUUUGACAGCUAGCGCUAUAUCCUUGAGCAAGGUGUUUAAUCUAAAUUUCUUCAACAACUAAAAGUGGCUAAUUAUAUGUAAAGUGUAAGCUAUUUAAUUGGCUUAGAUACUGGUGCCUACUAAUUCUGCCAUGUAUUUGACUGCCUGCCAAUGCAUAUAUUGAUUGAAAUGUUAUUGUUCUUCAUAACCUGAUUUUUAAAAAGUACAGGGAGCUUGGUAUAUGCACACUUGGAAAUGCACUUUAAAAUGAAGUCUGUGUAUUCUCUACUGUGUGAUUAUGGGGUUUAUUUACUGUGAAACAACAAAAUGCCAAAAUAUAUCUGCAAUUAAAAAACAGUAUGGGAUAA